CACAUUCAGUAUGUUCAUUUCCGGAAAUUCAUAAAUAUAUAUGCAUAAUAUAAUAUACAUAAGUGCCUAUAUAUACAUGAUAUAUAUAGAAGCUAACCAACUAAUACGGAAGUAAUAUUAGUGUUGUCGAAUGGAUUAUGGAAGUACAGCUUCGUCGGAGAUUGCAUGUAAUGAGCAACGACCUCCGCCUCAUUCAGACAGAAUCCCUCUACCGGAGGGAAAGGACUAUCAUGUGUUUUUCUCAUAUAGAAAUACCGAGGAAGAUAGAAAAUGGACGAGAAAUGUAAUUACUGAGUUAGAAAACAGAGGAUUUAAAUGCUGUGAUCACGAACUUGAUUUCCUUCCGGGAAAAGAAAUUAUUCAAAAUAUCAAAGAAUACAUUAAACGUUCUGUUAAAACGGUGCUUGUAUUUUCAAAAGAAUACAACGAAAGUUUGUAUUGUAAAAUUGAAGUUCAUUAUUCUCUGCAUAUGUCUCUCAGCGAACACAAACAUAUACUUAUUCCUGUUAAAAGGGAGGAUUGUGAAAUUCCCGAAGAUUUAGAAUUCUUUACAUGGAUUGAUGCCCGACAAGACAUAGUCCUAUGGUUUCCACAAUUCCUUGCAGCGAUCAAAGCCCCAGUGGACGCAGGAUUCACACAACCAUUCUUACAGUUUCAUAAAUACGAAAAUUUUGAUACCAUUUUCGAAGAAACCAGUACGAGUUCGUGUUGUGGAGAGGCAUUCCAAACCCGGUAUAUCCCUGACUAUCUCCGAAGAAGUGGAAUAGAUUUUAAUCCAGAAGUUUUGACCGAACAUGUUGCUAAAGUGUCGUCCACUCGACUGGUUAGACAGCGUGUGUUUAUCAACCCUACACGCUUAAUUUGUGUGAUAGCAUACUAUUUUAUCAUUGAUUUCUUUCUGGGAGGACUGUUAUUGAUGGUGGUUUAUGCAUUUGUUCCUGUUGGCGUUGAAUACCCGUUGUUCAUCGCUGGAAUUCCUAUUGCGUUGGUAUCUGGAAUACUUGGAGUCGCCUGGCCAUGCUAUUGUUACUCUUCGAAGCGACAGGGAGAAGUUGAAAUGAAAUUACAUUUAGCUAGAGUCAACAGAGUUUUAGUAUCAUCUAAUAUAUUCAUGACGUACAAAAUAGCUAGAAUGACAGCCAAAGUUACCAUAUAUUUUAUUUUUUACGACUGUCGUCAAUGUAUGGAAUACAUCAAAGAACACCACGUUACACAAAGUACAGAUGAUACCAGAGUAAAAAUGAUUGAUGAAGAUAACAUCACUGAAACAAAUGAAAGAACCUCUCUGGUCGGCGUGAACACCACUGUUAUUGAUGUUGAGGAAGAAGCUUUGGACAAGAUUUUGGAUAUAUCUGUUACCUACUUUGACAAGUUUUUGUCUGGAAAGCUCAGCCAUCCCGGGAACAUCAGACAUUCACGUCGGGCCAUCUGUUUAUGUCAGUUUUUUGAGGAAAUGAACAAAUCAAGGCAGGAACCGAAUACACAACAUAACUUUAUUGAAGUGUAACAGUCGGCAUUCUAUUUAGCUUAAAGUGUCUCCGCUUUAUCAACGUGUAAAAUGUUGUACAUGGCGACUGGGAUCAGUAUAAGGCGGAGACAACGAAUUAUGCUGCUUGGAACAUCAUAGAUCAACAUAAAUCGUCAAAUAUCUUAUUUUUUUCGGCCGUUUAAAUAUAUAAAAAAAUAUGCUGCAUGAAAUUCACAGAAAACAGAUUUAUUUCCAUCUGGCAAACAUUCUCAACACAAGAAAGAGUAUAACACACGCAGAAUGCCUAUGAUUUUAUUCAAAUUUGUAACUUGCAUUUGAUUUUUGCUUCAUAAGUUUAAUUGAUUUUUUGUUUUGAACUCAUCAUAUAUUCCAGGAUUACAGUUUGUACACAAGGUGAUCGUUUCGUUUAAUAAUAAAAUUAUCUGUCUUAGA